CGCAUUCGUAGUCCAGUGAAAACAACAAACCAACGAUUUAAGUUAGGGAACAGUGGUUCUCUUCAAACGAAGCCAUGAGAGUGUUUGUGCUGUUCGCAUCACUCGCGGCUAUUGCCACUGCCCGCCCUGGCAACAAUGGUGGUGGAUUUGGGGGUGGUUUUGGUACUUCUGGAUUUGGGGGAGGAGGUGGAGGACUUGACACAUACUCAGCUCCCCACAUUGGGGGUGGAGCCCCAUCGGGUGGAUACGGUGCCCCCGCACCACAGUACGGAGUACCAGCACAAGCACCUGUAAUCCACAAGCACGUCUACGUGCACGUCCCACCCCCAGAACCCGCAUACUACGCGCCAAAGAAGGCUCUGCCACCCCCUCCGCCCCCACAGAAACAUUAUAAGAUAGUAUUCAUCAAGGCGCCCACGCCGCCUCCACCGACUGUGCCCGACAUUCCGGCCCUCCCGCCACCCGACGAACAGAAGACUCUGAUCUACGUCUUGGUCAAGAAGCCAGACGAAGCACCCGAGAUCAGCAUACCCACGCCGGCGCCAACCAAACCAUCCAAACCUGAGGUCUACUUCAUCAGGUACAAGACGCAGAAACAGGAAGGCUACGCUCCAUCGCAGCCCAGUUCCGGGUACGGAGCUCCAGGGCCGGCCCCUCCGGCCCCCGGAGACAGUUACGGGGCACCGGCUCCAGCACCAUCAGGUCAGUACGGAGCCCCGAGUGGAGGAGGACCGUACUAAGUUCCUUAUGCAACACACAACACACUGUUCGAAUGAGUAAACUGAUACGCCACUCAGUUACUGGCAUUAUUCGGUUUUCAGAUGAUACUGUUGCGGUGGGAACAGGAGUGACAUAAUUUGCAAUGGACAUUGUUCUUUAUGAUAGGAUCAGGAAGGAGAAACAACAAAGCUAUAUUUGAUGUUUGGUGUUGCUGAACAAGCGACUUCUUCAAGCCUUAAAUCUGGGUUCAGAACGAUAAACUCUUACAUUUUUUUAAAAAACAAAAAGAUAUAACAAUUUAACCGUAAGUCAGAAAUGUAAAUUGUUACGAUUUUCAAAAAAGGGAGGGAUUUUCUCCUUCUUUCCAAUUAUUAUAGUAAUACAAUCACAUUUAGGCCUAAUGUGUUCAAAAAAAUUCUGUUCAUGAGACCCUGGUGAUGAUUCUGGGAUAAUAAGGAAUUGUAACAGCGAAAAAAAGGUUUGUGUCAUUUGUGGUCUUCUGGGCUGUGACACCAUGCAGUCUUGUAAGUGGUUGUCACAGUUUCGGAGGAACGUAUCGUCUCCGUCUUCAGGUAGGUUGAGAAAAACGUUUAGAAGGAGCGUCGGUAAUCAGACAAGACUACAAGGCGUCAUGGCAGCCCAGAAGACCAAAAUCGAUAUCUUCACCGUCGAGAGAAACUCAAAUCUCAGAUACCGGCAUAAAUAAACUACUGUAAGGGGCCUGUAAAAACAGAGAAUCAUGCAAGCGUUAUCAAGGUGGAUAAAUGUGAAGUUAAAUUUAAAAUUUAUAUGUAAUUUGGUAUGACUGCUUUUUGAUAACGUAAAAGAUUCACCUUCAAGUAAUGGAAACGUCUAGUUGCAUAAAACGAAUUCGGAUCUUGUUUGGAAUAGUAAUUCUGGAAGUAUCUACCUUGGGUUCUAGUGAAACAAAAUCUUUCAACACUGGAAUCCUAAUUACUUUUACUUAUAUUAAACACUGUUAAAAAAUCGUACGCUAAAAAUUUAUUUUCCAAAAUGCACCGCCAUGCUCUGGUUCUUUAGAUAUAAUUCUAUGUGAUACUUGGGUAAUAUAAUGACCACCCAUACUAUGUCGGAAGUGUUUUGAUUCUAUACACAAUAUUGUUUGGUCUAGUACAAGCUCAUACCUUAAAAUACAAUAAUUUACCAAAUACAAACGCUCAAAACCAGAAGGUUUACAGCACUUGUAACAAAAUAACAUAACAGCGUUA